AUGCUCUGCACCUACACCGCCAGGUCAGUCUCCACCAACGCCGAUCUUCACGCCCCUCUUGAAGCUGUAGGGCGCAUCAACUACCACGUAAUUGCCCUGCAGACAAAGUCCAGGAAGACGGACGUGAGACAGCUGAGUGAUGGCACACUCAUCAUUCGUGGUGAAAAGGUUCCAUCACUUGCAACGAACGCUUGCAUAUUAAGGACACUGGAUGAAGCCCAACCUGUAACAAGCUGGAUUUCGCAAGGGAUUCAGCUGCGUGCCCCCGUGAUGAUCUACCGCGAAGUACAGCGGAGGUGUAUCCUCCAGCAGGGUCUCCCAAGCUGA